UAAGUUUUAUUUUGAAAGUGUAUCGUGGACCGGUAAUCUACCCUCUGUUCAGUUUCCCUAAUGUACAUUCGAGGGAACAAGCUAGAUCUAUCCUCUCCACUGCAAGCUUUAUUCCAUUUGAAAUCUAGAUCAAAAUCAUUUGUGGGCCAAUGACGCGACAUCCCGAUGUCCGGGCUUUUGUCAACUGGGUGGAGUUGCAGGAAUGCAAGCUAACGACCCAGAGCUAGCAGUGACACUGCUAACGUCGACGGAGGUACAUGGAGUGAACUAACUCCGGGAAAUUCGGACAAGUUUGCUGAACAAUCACGUCGGCUAUAUGACAUUAAAACGUCAAAUCAUCGUAAUGUACUUCCGCAUUAAACGACCCUAAAACAGGUGUUGCCGAAAGCAAGAUAUGGAAACCAGAGGUGUUAACUAAUAGAUGCUGUAUUUUUAUGGUGUAGACCAAAGUAAUGCAAAACAGAACCCCGCUGAUAUUUUUGUAUUACCUGGACUGACAGUCUACGUGUGCUUUUCCAAUAAGCUUACUAACAAGUAAAGCAAGGGAAGCUAAUAAGUUGUCAGUAUUAAAUGAGAAACCAUGACCGCUGUGGUCGGAAGCGCAUGGGGGUGGGUUCGCUCCUGGGGUAGCAGCAGUAGUGCUGUGUCUGAGAAAACCAUAAUGAAGGAAGUUGAAAACAAUAGGGCGAGGGGCACCAGCGAAUGUACUGUCAGUUUAAAAACUUGGACCUCUUGGUUUUGGGGAGGAUGGAAUCGACAAAAAGAACAAAUUAGUCCUUUAGAGGACGAGUAUUGGGAGGCUCCAGAGAAACUUCAGCCUGUGGAAACUGAAGAACUCUGGGCAGGGAAAAAAGAGCCAACUGUUCAACAUGUUCCAAAAUGGUGGAAUAAAUACCUUCCUACGUCGUACCUUCCUUGGACAGCGAAAACACUACCAAGUGGACUCAGGAGAAGAAAAUGCCACAUCAGCAAAACCGAUCGGGAUAUUGAUGGGGACUUUUCAGACUACAAAACACCUCCUCCAUCCCCAACACCACUUUCCCGGCUGACUUCACCUUUCAGACUCUUUGUGCACAACCGACAUGUGGAAUUGUACCCAGAGCACUAUGAAAUUUGCUUUAACUUCCUCCGCCACCUGUUUGACCUGUUUGUGGUGGGAUUUCUGUGGAUUGUGUCACCUCCUGUCAAGCUGAUCUUGGAGAUUGUGGGCAUCCAGGGACCACUGAAGCUUUGGCUACAUGGCAUGGCAAUGUUUUUUGUGUCCACUGUGGGAAUGGCUGGACUACUUUGGCUGAUCCAGGAGCAUCUCCCUGAGUUUGCGUUGAUUUACGGCAUUGUGCAAGCCUUAGUGAUCUCUGUCAGCUUAAAAAAGAGUGUGCUCUUUGGAAUGGAAGAAGAACAAACCGUAAUGGAGGUGGAGAACAGAGAAACUGAAUUGACAGAUGAAGACAAAAAAGAAAAGCUCAUCUGAUCAAAGGACAAGACAAAGACAACUUAAAGCUUCUGAAGCCGCAUACAACUUGUGACCGGGCCGGCACAUUCGGGAGUCUCCCGGAAAAAUCGGGAGGGUUGGCAAGUAUGGUCGAGAUGGAGCGCCGUCAAACUGUGCCUCUACUGUGGACAAGCGGUUCAUUCCAAGGCUGGCUGCUCUUUUUGCCGUUGGCCAGGGCAACCUGCAGUUAUAGCUAAAUCGUGUGGGGUUGUCAUCUUGGACCCUCCUCCUGCAAGACUUUAGAUUCAAGGUACUCUGUUUUGGCCUGGCUCAUCUUCCAAGGUGUUAUCACAAAACAAGCGGAUGGCUGUUUUGUUGAUGAGAGUUUUGCUAAAGAAAAACAAAUUCUUAUUGUUUCAACCAAGCUUGUAGUAGUGCACUCACUUGACGGGUGUCCCCUGGCUACCGUGCCACAUCAGACCGAGAUACUUUGCCUUUCCCUGUCCGGUAACCACACUAAAGUCAUUAGCCUUUUAGUUAUGCCUUCAUGCUCUGCACAGAUUGUUCUUGAUUUUACCUGGCUUCAUCGACACAAUCCCACAAUCAACUGGGCUACCUGUAAAAUUAGCAACUGCAGUAUUUCUUGUCUGCCUUCUUUCUGCCCCCCCACUCCUCUCCCAGGAUCGGUUCCAUGGCCCUCAGACUCUAUUGAUUUAAUCCGACUCCCUGCUAUUUACCAGAUAGUCUCAACGAGGUAUUUUGCAAAGACCGUGCUAUGUCUCUACCACCACACUACCCCUAUGAUUGUGCCAUAGAUCUACUUCCAUGUUCUCCUCUGUCUAGUUCCCGACUAGAUAACAGGUCCCUCCUUUCAUGGAUUGGUUAUCGCGAGCUCAAUGGUAAAGAACAAAUAUCCUCUUCCGUUAUUAGACACUGAUUUUACGCCUCUUUACAGUGCCGCUAUAUUUUCCAAACUGGAUUUACGCAAUGCAUAUCACUUGGACCGCAUCAAAGAGAGAGUGAAAAACUGCUUUCAAGACCCUGUUAGAUCAUUUAAAAUACCUGGUUAUGCCUUUUGGCCUCACUAACGGGCCUGCGGUUUUGAUAAAUGAUAAAUGAUGUGCUGCGUGAUAUGGUAGGCCACUUUGUUUCCGUUUAACUUGACGGCAUUCUCCUUCUUUAGAAACUCACCUUAAACAUGUCCACCGUCUACUGGAAAAUCAUCUUUUCGUAAAGGCAGAAAAAUGCGCUUUACAUCCGUGCCAGUCUGGACCCAAGGAUUAAAGACGAGCUGGUGGCACGCCAUGACUUAAUAUAUAUACUUACAGCAUGUGUAUAAAACAUUGUUUAGAGCGCUCUAUAGGCUAAAUAGAUUGAAUCCCCAUUAGCUACAAGAAGAUAAGAUACCUACAGCUAGCAUUUAUUUACUAUUUAGAAUGCAUAAAUAAAAGAAAAACAUGUGUGCUUGUUUGGCAAAAUUCCCAAAAUAGAGGAAAUGCACUUUUAUUUUUAUUUAGCCUAUCAUUCUUAAUCCUUUUGUAAGACAAAAACACAUGUUUUCUUGUUUGAUGCAUUCUAAAUAUUAAAUAAACUCGAUCAAAUGUCUGCUUACAAUGUAGCCUAUGAUAGUCGCUCUAUUCUGCCAAUAAAGCCCUUAAAAAUUAUUCAAACAUAUAAAUAUGCUGUAAAUAUACAUGUAAUUUAGUAACAAAUACAUUUAUAAUAACAUGUAAUAUUUAUGUAUUUUGAUCAUUUUAAGCGUACGGUGGCUUACUAAUUUCAGAAACGCAUCACAACACUAGCCUUUUUCUUUUAACAAGAUCAUUGAUUACUACUCACGGCAGAUGUCAUGAGAGCAAACAAACAUAAUAAAACAUCACUUACUGUACAAUGUCUGCUUUCGCUGGGAUGCCAACUGUUAGGAUGUUCAUAGAUUCCCACUAAGAAAAAAGCGGGGUGGAAAAAGCGUCUUGCAGGGUCUUUUUCAAUGGUCCCGCGUCUAAGUUGGCUGUUAAUGUGUACCAACUUCUCGGUUUAGGUCCACGUAAUUUUACUAUCCAGGUGAGAGGCAUGAUUUAUAAUCUAUUAUUAACUUUCACAAGCUCAGAGGCGAGAAAGCAGUUCAGCAGCUGAUGAUGUCAAUACAGCAGCAUAAGGAAGUCGCCUCUCUCUGAUUAUUGCGCCGUUAAAGGUAGGUCUUUCAUGUUGGCGCUAAUACUUGGUUAGUAUUCAGGUCCACCCCCGCGCGACCCCGAACGGGACAAGCGGUAGAGAAUGGAUGGAUGGACUUCAGGUUAAAGGGGAGAACACCUGGCAUAACCAGGAAAUGUGGGGAAGGCUAGUUGAGGAUCACCAUCAGGUGCGACUUUCUUUGGCUGUAUAUGCCGGUCCUUGGUUGGCUGCAGGCCCCUACGGCUAUAGUCACGUUUGGGUCACGUGUGUGAGAUUUUACCCUGAAGUGAGAAAACAUGGCUGAACUCUGCCAGUGGAUUGCCUCUCUUCUCUCUACCGAAAAUGUAUGAAAAAAGCGACGUCUAUAAUAUCACUUUUGUUCUCUUUUUUUUCUAGGGCAGUGAUUCUCAAGCUGGGGUACGCGAGCUCCAUUUAGUGGUACGCCAAAGAAUCAAUUAAUUGAAUAUUCAAACAGUGUUACUAUUUAAACUGAGUAAUGUUACAGUGGCCAAAAAUUUUCAAUAUAAUCUCUGCCUUUUUUAUGAAUAUUUAGGCCUACUACGCUACUGUAUUUUAAUAUUGGUCAAGUGUUUUCUAAGGUGGUAUUUAGUGAAAAAAGUUUGAGAACCACUGCCUUCGGGUCAAAAUGUGAGCAUGUGACAAACCCUGGAAGUGUCGAGUGUGACCUGUCGGCCAUGUGCCUUCUCGUCAUAUGGGCUGGUUUCUUCAAAGGCUGCAGACCGUGGGAGACACAUCAGUCAAGAUGGGGGACACCAGCAGAUGGAGAUAAUCAAGAGUCAUCUUCCCUCCAAUUACCCUUUUCAACUGCAGCAAACUUAUGUGCGGUAGCAAAUUUAAUUCAGAGUUGGAGUAGAACUGAUCUUGGCUCUGAGUUUAAUUUUCCAUGGUCCGAGGGAGCAGUGCCAUUAUGUCACAAGUGUUAAGUCUCUAAAAUUUGUGGGCAAACCUUGCCAUAUUAUUCAACAACAAUGCAACAAAAUAUAAUGCAUCUCGAAAGUAUUCACGGUGUGUCACUUUUUUCACAUUUUAUGUUACAGCCUCAUUUCAAAAUAGAAU